AUGUGGCCGGCUGGAGGUGAUUCUGAACAACUAGCUGGUGUUGGGACUAAUCAACUAGCUGCCGGUGGGUCUAAACAACUAGCUGGUGGUGGUUCUAAACAACUAGCUGGUGUUGGGACUAAACAACUAGCUGUCGGUGGGUCUAAACAACUAGCUGGAGCUGGAGGUGGAUGUAAACAACUAGCUGGCGGUGGAUCUAAACAACUAGCUGCAGGUGGGUCUAAACAAGUAGCUGGAGGUGAUUCUGAACAACUAGCUGGCGGUGAAUCUAAACAACUAGCUGGAGGUGAUUCUAAACAACUAGCUGGUGUUGGGACUAAUCAACUAUCUGCCGGUGGGUCUAAACAACUAGCUGGUGGUGGGUCUAAACAACUAGCUGGCGGUGGGUCUAAACAACUAGCUGGCGGUGGGUCUAAACAACUAGCUGGUGGUGGGUCUAAACAACUUGCUGGCGGUAGGUCUAAACAACUAGCUGGUAUUGGGACUAAACAACCAGCUGCCGGUGGGUCUAAACAACUAGCUGGAGGUGAUUCUGAACAACUAGCUGGCGGUGGGUCUAAACAACUAGCUGGCGGUGGGUCUAAACAACUGGCUGGUGGUAUGUCUAAACAACUAGCUGGCGGUGGGUCUAAACAACUAGCUGGUAGUAUGUCUAAACAACUAUCUGGCGUUGGGACUAAACAAGUAGCUGGCGGUGGGUCUAAACAACUAGCUAGCGGUGGGUCUAAACAACUAGCUGGAGCUGGCGUUAAGUCUAAACAACUAGCUGGCGGUGGGUCUAAACAACUAGCUGCCGGUGGGUUUAAACAACUAGCUGGUAGUAGGUCUAAACAACUAGCUGGCGGUAGGUCUAAACAACUAGCUGGCGGUGGGUCUAAACAACUAGCUUGUAGUAGGUGUAAACAACUAGCUGGUAGUAGGUGUAAACAACUAGCUGGCAGUAGGUCUAAACAACUAGCUGGCAGUAGGUCUAAACAGAUAGCUGGCGGUAGGUCUAAACAUCUAGCUGGUGGUAGGUCUAAACAACUAGCUGGCGGUAGGUCUAAACAACUAGCUGGUAGUAGGUCUAAACAACUAGCUGGCAGUAGGUCUUAA